AUGCAAAAAGAUCCACAACAUACUUCAGGAUUAUGUGUUUUAAAUGAAGCAUAAAUUGAUGCUUUAAGAGAAGUUUUUGUAGAUUUAGACAAACAUAAUGAUUGUAUUGUCAAAAGAUAAGAAUUUGAUUCAUAAGAAGAACAAAUAUAUGAUAUUGAUUAAAACUAUUUAUAAUUAAUAUAAGAUAUAUUUGACAUGAUUCCUAGAGUUAAUUAAAAUUUAGAUUUUGUUUUUACUACAGAUUUUAUUCUUUAAUGCAAAAAGGAUCCAUAAAUUCGAUCUAUUGAAAAUGAAAUAGCUAGAUUAAAAUCUAAUGAAACAUAAUUAGAUAAAGAAUCUAUAUGUUAAGUUUUAGAUAGAAUUCUUUAAGAAGCAAACGAAUACACUGAAUGGGAAGAUAUUCGCCCUUUUUUUUCUUUAAGAGUCUGA